AUUGAACAUACAUUGUGGAUGGGAUAUCGAUACAGCAUGACCCAUUGUCUGGUUGUCAAGUAACCAGUCUCACAUUACACACCUUCUAGUCUCACUGAUUUAGGAUGCAUGAUGUCACACACACUCAGUAACACACUCUUGCUCACACUCCUCUCUACAUCACAGCUCACCAGACUGUCCUGUUCCUCAAGGACACAGCUUGGAGGCUGCUUUAAAUGUGUGGUUAUAAGGAUGAGGUGCGUCACAGUUGUGCUGUGUAGCACUGUGCUGCUAAUGCAGCUGAUGAUGACCAGCUCACAAGCUGCAGAUGAUUCAGCCAUUGGUGACUGUUCUCAGCUGGAUUCCUGUGAUCGUUGCACCAGCAGAGAUGAUGCCCUCAAUCAGACACGCUGUAUUUGGAGAAGCUGUGACAAUGAUAAUGACACAAAAUGCAUAUCUGACACAGAAGACUCUGGAGACUGUGCUGUGUACAAUGACACAAGCACUUGCCCAAUUAGUGGGAGCUUUGAUGACAGUGGGUCAGAUGACUCUUCUUCAGGCUCAGCACCAGAGUUUUCUCAGGCAUCGUUUGACCUGUCCAGCUUCAUAGGUGGGAUAAUACUUGUGUUGUCACUCCAAGCCGGGGCCUUCUUUGCUCUGCGCUUUCUCAAGACAAAAGACAGCUCCUAUGAGACUAUUGACCAACCCCAGUGAGGAGGACAAAGAGAAAUGAACGAAGAAAGAGAGAACAAAUAUGGAAGAACUGAACGGCAAGAAAUGAGAAAAGAGCUGAAGAGACAGCUGAGGAAUCAGAAGCAAGAGUUGACAGAGCAAAGCAUGGUGCUCUUUUAAAGGCCCUCAUCUAUUGGUUUGGGUUUUUGUUUGUUUGUUUGUUUUUGUAUUUCCUUAUGUUUGCAGGUGUUCUUGUUUGGAAACCCUUAUUGACCAGAUCAUUAUUUUAUGAUGAUAAUAUAUGAUAUGUCUUCUAUCUUAGAUAGUUCUUAGGUCUGUUUUAAAUGGUUUGACAACUUUUUUUUUUGAGUGACUUUUCCUGUCCUAAGAUUUCCUAAGAUUUCCUAAUUCUGUUUCUUUUCCGAUAGUUAAAAGGAAAUCAGUAA